AUGUCCGAACCUAAGCCCAUGCCACAAGCACCGCGCAUCGCCAUCAAGUUUGGUGCUUCAUCCUCCUCGUCCUCGAAAGCGACAAACGGGUCGAGGAAAGCGGGCCAAACCCAGCCGCCUUCGACAUUAGGCAAGCGCCCGCGCCCUAAUGCACUCAACCAUGGCUCCGAGUCCGGCGAUGACGAUGAUUCCGCUGGUAGAUACGAGGCAGUCACGUUACUUGGGGAUGAUACUUCUACGAGGGAGGGGAAGAGACGGGAUGUCAAGUCGUCAAAUACAGGGAACGCCCGUGCACCAUAUGUCAUAAGUGGCCACACGAACCGCGACUGGAAGGCCGAUCUGAAGGCUCGGAGAGGUGGCAACAAGAGUGCACCACACGAGGCUCAAGCGAAAUGGGACAGUACCAACAAAGAUAUGGAACCGGCCGACCAAGACAAGCAAAUCAAGUGGGGCUUGACUGUGACGAAGACAUCGACGGAAGAAGAGAAUGGGGCAGCCUCAGAUGCUAUAUCGGACGAACAGAUUUCGACCAGAAUAGUCUCUAAAAGCGAGACGCCAGCUGACGAUUCCCACCAAACGGCUCCAGAUGACGACAAGGAUGCUAUGGACGCGCUCCUCGGGAAACAAAAGCUCACCAAGGAUCUCAUCAUCAAGAGUACCUCGAAAGGCAACACAUCUGCCAACUUCUCCGAGCAGGAUGCCUACCAACAGAGGGUGCAGGAAGCGGCCGAAGUAUCGACAGUGGACGAGUACGAUGAGAUACCAGAAGGGGAGUUUGGGGCUGCAAUGUUACGUGGCAUGGGCUGGAACGGCGAAGAACGCGGCUCCAAGCUCAAAGAAGUAAAGAGAAGGCCCAAUCUGAUGGGCCUUGGUUCUAAGGAGGAUGAGGAGAUCAAGAAGGCGGAGUUGGCGAAGAAGCAUGGUCAUCGUGAGCGACGGCCACGUCUAGACGAAUACCGGAGAGAUCGCGAAAAAUUCAGGCAGGAUCGCGAUGGGCGUCAUAAAGAAAGUUGCAAAUCUGAACGCGAGCGCGAGCGUCGUGGCCCCGCCUAUGGCGACAGGUACACAGACAACCACCGAGAUCGAGACAGUCAUAAGCAUCGUUCACGAGACUACAAAUCCUAG